GGUGAUCUGGAGGAAGAGAGAGGAAGAGGGGGAGAAAGAGAGGGAGAAAGCCAGGGCCAUCCAGAGAGGACACGAGACCAUCUGGAGGAAGAGGGCGAGGGAGUGAGGAAGAGAGAGAGAGGGUGAGGGUGAGGAAGAGUGAGUGAAUGAGUAUAGAGGAUGAAGUGUUAAAUUACUUAGGGGUCUUGUCCAGCAGCCUUGGAACCUGAAAAGCAAAGCUGCUCACAGGAGAGAAAGAGGGAUAAAGAGAGAGAGGGAGUAGAAGGCAAGAGGAAGAAAGGUAUAUUUUCCCUGCCAGAAUUGGUCUGGCCAUAGAUCAGCAGGUCUUAACAGAACUUUGCUAUAUUAAGCACUGCAGGUAAUCUUACUCUGUUGUAUCGACCCGUCACUGCUGUGUUUCGUUCAGUGUGUGUGUUGGCUCUGUGUGUGUGUGUCCCUUCUGAUCUACUCGUUUGCAGCUGAUAGGGUUUUUAUGGGCCGUGUCAGGCGAGAGCGGCUAGUGAGCUACUGCCCCGACAGACACGCUGAAACACACACACACACACACACACACACACACACACACACACCACAGACUCACACACUCUCAGUGCCAUUGCAGGCAGUAGAGUAGGUUUCUAGUCCGACACAUGCUAACACACACAGACACAUGAGGGUAGGCCCCUCGAUGCAGUGAGUGUCUGUGUCAAGAGACAAUCACAUUCUGAGGUUUUAUGUUGAUUCUCCAUGGUGCUCAAAGAUGAAGAACUGGACUUAAGUGCUAUGCUACAUUCGUUGGCAUGCUGAUGUGCUCAGAAAGCAUUUUUCAGAACACGUGCCGCAUACUUGAUCACAAAAACCUUUUUGAUUCUCUCUAUUGGAAAGUGGCAGUCAUUUCUGUGGAUUGAAAGUCAUCAAAUGUUGUAAGACUGACAGCAUAGACACCAAAAAACUCUGAAUAUCACUCCAUCAGUGUGCUGGGUUAGACUCUUCGAGGGAUAUCCCCCUUUGAUCUUCAACCGCUCCUCUCCUCUCGCUCCUCUCCUCUCGCUCCUCUCCUCUGUCUUGUAGAUGAAGGCGUUUAUUGUGCAGUGUCUGCCGCACUGCCUGACAAUGACGGGAGGAAAUAAAACAGGGCGGACGGACAGACAACGGACACUGAGAGGGAAAGAAAGAGGACAGCGUGUUUUGGAGCGAAAGACUGAUAAUACGAAGAAAAGGAGAAUGAACCACAGUUGUUGUUCAGACUGAUUGGUCAGAAUUACACAGGACUUGUUAGAGAAACACUGAAAUAACAUUAAACAUCUCAGAUCCAUGAUGGAGCUGGUCCCUAAAACUAAGUACACUCACUUCCGGAGUGAAUCUCUCAGUUCGAAUGACGAUACCAACUCCAACCCCUCCUCGCUCCCCCCUUCCACCCCCGCAACCCCCCUCACCCCCCCUGGGCUACCCUCCUCCCUGUCCUCCUCCUCUCUCACCCCCAUCCUCCCCCCUUCCUCCCGCCACCGAGCCGAGAACAGCCCCACCACGCUCUGCUCCUUCUUCCCCAGGAUGGGAGCCCUUCGCCUGGGCGUCUCUGCCACUUUACUCCCAGGCCUCAAGGCCUCCAGCAGGCCUCAGCAGGCUCAAGCCCCCAUGGAGUCUUCAGGGGUUAACAGUUCCAGAUCUCCCCCUCCUCACCCCCCUCACUGUCUAACAGCCCCUUCUCCCCCCCCUCGCCCCCCUUUGCAGGAUAUGAACCGGCUGGGCGGGCCGUCCAGGAGGGCGCGGGUGGAGGGGGGGCAGUUGGGGGGAGAUGAGUGGACGCGCCACGGCUCCUUCGUCAACAAGCCCACCAGAGGAUGGCUACACUCAGACCACGUGGUCAGCACCACUGGGGUUGCCUACUCUGUACGGUAUAUGGGCUGUGUGGAGGUGCUACAGUCUAUGAGGGCGCUGGACUUCAACACCAGAACUCAGGUCACCAGAGAGGCUAUCUCAGUGGUGUGUGAGGCAGUGCCCGGAGCCAAAGCAGCCCAACGCAAGAGAAAGCCGUCGUCUCGCUGUAUGACGUCCAUUCUGGGGAAAAGAAACCUGCAGUUUGCUGGGAUGACCAUCAGCCUGACGGUCUCUACCAUAAGCCUCAACCUGCUGGCCUCUGACUGCAAACAGAUAAUCGCCAAUCAUCACAUGCACUCCAUCUCUUUCGCUUCUGGAGGAGACCCAGACACAGCAGAGUAUGUAGCAUACGUGGCCAAAGACCCAGUCAACCAGAGAGCGUGUCAUAUCCUGGAGUGUUCAGAGGGCUUGGCCCAGGAUGUAAUCAGUACGAUAGGACAGGCCUUCGAACUACGCUUCAAACAGUACCUGAAGAACCCCCCCAAACUGGUCACCCCCCAUGACAGGAUGGCUCCGUUUGACAGCUCAGCGUGGGAGGAAGAGGAAGAUGAGGGAGCACCGCCCCCUGCAGAGGUUCCGUACUAUAAUAACUUCCCCGGGAAACAACCUCCUCCUGGAGGACUGGUGGACAUGAGGGGCCGCCCCGGGGCUACCCUGCCCUAUGGACAGCCGGGUCAGAAUGAUAUUCACAAGCAGCCGCUGCCCCCUCUACCAAUGGGAGCAAAGGAGGGAGGACGGGACCUGUGUGAUGACCCUUCAUACGUCAAUGUGGAUAAACCCCGCCCACCAGCAGCUGCAGCCAAUGGCAAUGCUCACAGAGAUGCGUUCGAUAUGAAGCCGUUUGAUGAUUCCCUGGGUGUAUCAGGUCUGGGGGUCUCAGCAGCACCCCCUCUGGUGGAACAGCUGCAGUGCGAGGCCUGGUUCCACGGCAGCCUGAGUCGCAGGCAGGCUGAGAGACUGCUGACCCGCGACGGAGACUUCCUGGUCCGAGAGUCAGGCACCACGCCUGGACAGUACGUCCUCACUGGACAACAGGGGGGUCAGCCCAAACACCUACUACUGGUCGACCCAGAGGGAGUGGUACGUACCAAAGACCACCACUUUGAGAGUGUGAGCCACCUGAUCAGUUACCACAUGGACAACAGACUGCCCAUAGUAUCAGCAGGCAGUGAGGUGUGUCUGCAACAACCAGUGGAGCACAGGGCCUGAACACACACACACACACACACACACACACACUCAUACAGCAAUGCAACACACACACACGCAGGCUCAUACAGCAAUGCAACACAUACACACUCUCAGCAACACUACACACAUAAGCAGUGCGGAAUACACAAAUACUGUACACACACACUCACACACUGACCACAUUAAGGAAAGCCAAAAAAACGCACCUCUGUCACUCUUUCUGCCAAAUGAAUUGCUCGCUGCUUUUUCUCACACCCUCCUGGACGACUCACUGUGACCUCCAUGAUCCCUCCUUCUGUUCAUCUUUCCAUCAUCGAGGUCCACUCCCUCCAUCCCUCCAAAGAGCGAGGGAGUAAUACUGAGGAACACCUCUUUUAUUUUUUUUUAUUUUUUUUUGUGGGACAGAAAAUACAAUUUAGUACAAAACUGAGCAUUAUUAAUGAAAUCAUGCCAUAGAAUCAUUCAAAAAUGAUACAAUCAUAGUAAAGGAGGACUGUGGACCUUGGAGGGGUGGAGUGAAACGUAGAGAAAGGAGUGGAGUGAUGGAGGGAGAGGUCUUGAUCCAGAUAUGGCAGAGGAAACAGUUUCUCCCACCGUCACAGAAGCACUCCAAAGACUUGUCUGAUGAUUGGAAUCAUCAGAGAGCUCAGACAUGGACCCUCCAAUCAAAUAUCAGUGGAACACAGGAACAGCCAAUCAAAUAUCAGUGGAACACCGGAAUAACCAAUCAUGACUGAGAUCAGGCCUCCUGUUAAAUAUGCAUAGACAGUUUUGUAUCCACACAAAUCAGGGCCCUCGCUCACCCUCUAGCCACUCCCAUUUAAAGACCUUUCAUCUUUGACCAUUGACCCCCUGAGUGAUACCUGGUAAUGUCACGGAGGAUGUUCCUGUAUGCAAAAAGGGGGUUGCUAUGCCAACAACCAUUGUCUCCGUCUGUCCAAAUAUGGACAGGGUUUCUUUCCUGCCUCUGAGGGCGGAGUUUGAUAAAAAGGAUGUGAUUCAUGUCCAUCUGACAUCAGCCUGUCUGUCUGCAUGGGACUAGUCUCCCUGUCUGUCUGCAUGGGACUGGUCUCACCUUUCUGCUCUGAUCAUGACAAAUAAAGUGGACUUGGUUGGACUGGGGCAGCAGAAACCAUGGAGAUGACUCAUUCAGACUAACACACUGUAUGUUAGUGUAUCUGUCAUGUGUACUUUCGUUGGGAGUAUAGUGUCUUUACAGAGAGAGAGAUGGAGAGAGGACUGGGAAGGGGGCAGCUGGCAUGGGGGAGGAUCCACAUCUAGAUAUGAUGUCAUCAGACCUAGACAAGAUGUCAUCUGAAAGAGCUCAAAGCCAAUUCUACGAUGAUGUCACAGUCGACGCAAAUGCGGCUGUCACAAUUUAAUCGGUGCAUUGUUGGAAUCGUAGUUCAGAUUAAUGCCAAUAUUUUCUUGCUUUUCAAUGGAUUUGUUGUUAAUAUCUGUUUGCCUUGACAAUCUAUGGCCUUGUCUCUGUUGUCUGGACUGGUGGGGAUGAGGAGGGUGGGGGGUGGAGAGGUUGGGGGGGAUACUGGACGAAGUGUGUUUAAUGCCGAAAGCAUCCGGUCCAGAGCAUUCAAAGCAAUGAUCUCCUCUCCAAAUAUGCUGCAACACUUUGUCGGGAGAUUAGCUUUUAGCAUUAGUGUGUGAUGUGUUUUUUUUAGCUCACUCCAGGGAAAACUGUUAUCAGCGCUGUUCGCAGCGAAAUCUGGGAGAUUCGCCAACGUUGGUCAGACGUUGGACUUUGACGUGUUGUUGUUUUCCUUGGAAUUAGAGGAUAGUAGAAGGAGAGAAAGUGGAGGAAUCAUCCUCUCCCCUCCCUCCUCAAUCCUCUCCUCUCCCUCCUCCAUCCUCUCCUCUCCCUCCUCCCUCCUCCAUCC